AUGUUUCUGUUGGCAUUAACAUGUGCAUUUGUAUCCAAAACACUGUCUGGAUCUUACAUGAAUUCCAUGCUUACACAAAUAGAGAGACAAUUCAACCUUCCGUCAUCUCUAGUUGGAUUUAUUAAUGGGAGCUUUGAGAUUGGAAAUCUUGUGUUGAUUGUAUUUGUGAGUUAUUUUGGAACCAAACUGCAUAGACCUAUAACGAUUGGAGUCGGAUGUGUGAUAAUGGGCUUAGGGUGUUUCUUACAAUCGCUACCUCAUUUCCUCAUGGAUCGGUGAGUAUUCCAGUCUCUGAUGACUUAUUUUUUACCAUUUAUGAAAAGUCUUUUCUUCAAUCCAGUGUACGUGCUUUUCAUACUUACAAGUGUGCUACAGUUCAAUGCAUUUGUUAAUAUGGUCUCCUUCAUGCCUAAAUAUGUGGAACAGCAAUAUGGAAAAUCAUCUUCAGACGCUAUCUUUCUAAUUGGAAUUUUAGGCAACAGCGAGAAAGUGGGGGAAUUUUUGGAUAGAAUGAAGGAAUCUCUUUGCAACUCUUGA